GUGGUUUCCAACAAAUUCACUCGUGACCUGCAAAUCGAUGGCAUGGACAUCUUUGACAUUCGACUUGCUCAGGAAGCCAUCACCGCAGGGACCUUGAUGCGAGCUUUGAGAGGUCAAGAUCCAUACCUGCGGGACAACAGGUACACAGCCAUUAAGGAAUUGGCCGAGGAGCUCGCCAAGGUUGUGGCACAGAAAGGACCUUCAGCAGCGAAUCAGUCCAUGUUGCAACAGAUUCAGGAGCUUCAACGAGAGAACGCCCGACUGAAGAGUGAGAAAUCUCAGGGCUCCAGAUCAGUCAUCCCAGCCAGCCCGGCUCAUACCCCGCCUCCCAAGGGGGCUCGCACCCCCAAAGGCUCGAUAGCUCCAGGUCUUACCCCUCGCACCAGCCAGGGAUCUCAGGCAUCAGGUGGACAACCAACUCCACCAUCAUAUCGUCGACCCAAAGAUCGUCAGAGUUCAGCUGAGGCGACAGAAGGCCCGGUGCGCAGCUUGGAAGACUUCUGGAAUGCUCGCCCAACCGAUGCAGUACCAGAAGAUUUCGAAUUGGCAGAAGAACAUGAGGGUAAUGAUGAUCUCGCCACUCUCGCUGGUAGCCCCGAGUUUCGCCCCGAGGACGACGAGGAGGCCGAUCCUGUUGAUUCCCUUGACACAGUGCAACAGUUUGAACGAACUAAUCAAGCCAGGUUCCUUGAGGAAUGCAAACUUGACAAUUUCAAGGUGAACACCAUCAACAACUGGGUGUCUCAAAGGGUCGUCAAGGACAAGAUGGCUCAGGUCCGCUUGGCAGGUUCGGAAUUGGCAGCAGCCAUAGAAAGACUUCCCGCGGGGAAUCGUCCAGCCGUGGAUGCCAUUGCAGUCCAAUGGGGGCUUCCAGUCAAUGCUGCUGCUAAGAUCAAUGAGAGAUCUUUGUAUCAGUUGAUCGUGUACCGAAGCAAUCUGAAUGCCCCUUGGGUUGGAGUGAUGCUCAGCAAGCUCCGAUUACAUGAGAAGAAGUUCCCGAUUUUCGGCACGAAGGUAGAGCUCAGCGACAGUUGCAGAGUGUGCUUCGAUUCAGGAAAGGUGAAGCUGUUGAUAAGAAGCCUACUUCGACAGCAGAAGUACAACUUCCCACCCCUGCAUUUGCCAUCUGACAAACUGGUUCUCAGGAAUACACAGGUCCAGUGCAAGUGCCGGAUGUAUCGACCGACCACCCAGGCGAACCUUGCAGACACUACAUUUCUUCAGGAAGACACUUGGAAAUCGCAGGUUCUUGCAGCACUAACGAAUUGGUGCAAUCGAUGGAACGGCACAAGCACCAUCAUCCAACAUUUGCAGCGAGAAUUUGAGGACAAACAUCCGGAACUCCAGUGCUACAAGUGGGCUUUUCAGUGGAACCGAGGUCUCCCGAAUGCAAGGAUCCUUCCCAAAGGAUCCAAGAACUUCGCGAAAGCCAGGCCCAUCAUAGCCUACACGAAAUGCUGGCACACCAAGGCCAGCUCUUUCUUAGCCACAGCGCUGUAUUCGAUCAUGCAAGUUCUUUUCCCGGCAGGAACCACAUUGAAUAUCAGUUCCGUCACAGCAGGUCUCAGACAAGCUUGGAGGUACAUGCAACAGUUUGAGCAGGACGACCCGGUCAUGAUCCAACAAGACCUUAUCGGUUUCUUCAAUUCAGUUCCACAUUCUCGCAUUUGCACUGCUCUACAAUUAGUUUUGUACCAGCUCCAAGAACAUUUUGGUCAAGAUCUUGACAGCUUGACUUUUCAGGUGGAUCACAAAGCAGGCACCAAAGACCUCAGGAUCUUUAAAGGCCAUCGACGUUAUCGUGGAUCCACUACGAAGGUCCUUCAUAUUAAACAUGUCAUGGAGUUGACCAAAUUCCUGCUGCAGUCAGCUUACUUCAAGGUGGGAAUGGACACUUUUUGUCAGAUUCAAGGCGCAUGCAUGGGCUCGCCUUUGGCCCCAGUCUUGUGUGCAAUGGUCUACUUCGUAGUUUUCGGUAUGCAGACAACAGAUGCUUCUUUCUGCGAAGGGCAGAAUGCUACACUGAUUGGGCCUGCCUCUUCUUGCGUCUUGAUUUCUACGGUCUGCCCAUUGAGCUGGAAUCAGUACCCGGAGAAGAACUGUUAG